AUGAACGCCAAAACCUUCUCUCAUUAUUUUCGACAAUUAGAUUUAUUCACUAAACCUGUACAACUGCUAAUUAAAAAAGAAGAAGGUCACAAAACGACUAUCGGAGCUUCACUCUCUUUGAUUGUUAUAGUUGUGAUGUCGAUAUUUUUUGUGAAUAGUUUAAUUGUUUAUGCAGAUCGUUCAAAACCAGUCACAUUAACAACAGAAGUAUAUCAUGCAGAACCAAAAUUAUUUGAAUUAUAGCCUAACAAUUUUACUUUAUAGUUUGGUUUUUAAGAUGCUACAUUUGCCACAUAUAUAGAUGAAUCCAUUUAUUUUGUCGAACCUUUUCUUGUAAGCAAAUCAGUAGAAAUGUAUUCAAAUUCUUUAAUUUUAGAAUAAAUGGUACUUAAUAGUCUGUAUACAAUUAUGCUGAGUUACCAUUAGUAUAAUGUUCGAAAGAUAUAAUAAAAUAAGAUUCAUUAGCAGAAUAUUUUUCACAUUUUGAUCUAGCCACAAAUUUUUGUAUUGAUUGGAAUAAAAUUGAUAAGAUAAAUAUGUAAGGAACUUUUGAUGCUGUGAAUUAUCAAUAUAUUUUACUAAAAUUUAAAAUGUGUACUGAAAAGAAUAAAAAAAAAAGUAUAUUUCAUUAAUAUCCUAGGUAUUUCUGAAUGUAAGAGUAAGGAAGAAAUAAUGAAAAAGUUGAAUCACAAUUAUUUAUCAUUAUAAAUGUCAUCAUAUUAUGUUGAUUUAUAAACAACUUAAAGUCCUUACAUACCUAAAGGAGAAGAUUUAUUCACAACUAUUUCAAGUUAAAUUUUCAAAGAAAUUACUAUCUAUUUACAACCAGUCACUACAUAUACUGAUUCAGGAGCCUUCUUUUCUGAUAUUCAUUAUGAUACAACACUUAAAUAUUUACAUCAUACUGAAAUGAUUGAUUUUAAUGAAGAAGAUUUAAUAGCAAAUGUAGCAAUUAGAAUGCAUACAAUAGAAUAAGUUAAUUAUAGGUAAUAUACAAGAAUUCAGGCACUUUUAGCUGAAUUAGGAGGAUUAUGGAAUGUCUUAUUUACUAUUUCUAUGCUAAUCUAAAUUCCAUUUAGUAGUAUUUCUUAUAAACUUUAAAUUAUUAAUUCAUUAUUUAAUUUCGAUGGAUAAGAGGAGACUAUUAAUGAUGACUAAGAUAAUUUUCUAUUUAGUCAUCAAGAUGCUCCAAUUAUCAAUAGCAAAUAAUCUAGUAAGAUUUAUGCAGAGAAUAUUCAGAAAAAUACUUUAAAUGAUAUUUAAUAAACAAAUAGAAAAUUAAUUUCACCAAUUAAAAUUGGUAAUACUCCUUUGAAAAAAUCAAAAUUUUAGAGAUAAGAUUCUUUUAGAUCAUCUAUUAAAUCUUCAUAUAAGGUCUAACAAAAACUUCAAGAGCUUAAUUAAUAAUGCAUGAAAAUAUAAAAUGCAGGUACUUUAGAUGAAGAUAUUAAAGUUAAAACUAUUGACAAACUUAAUUAAUAAGUUAAAGGAUUUUUUUAGACUGUUUCAAAAAAAUUAACUAUUCCAUAUUAUAAAUAUAUACUUAGUUUAUUAAAAUUAUUUCAAGAUGAUUAAUAGGUUAAAUAAAUGAAUUUUUCAAUUAAUAGAAUGGAGAAGUCUUUUGAUAUUUUAUAUAUCAUAAAGAAAUUACAUGAAAUUGAUAAAUUAAAAAUGAUAUUACUAACCAAAGAACAAAUAAAAUUAUUUGAUUACCUUCCAAAACCAACAAUUUCUUCAAAUCCUGAAAAAGAAAUUUCGGGACAUUAAUAUUUCUCGAUAUUAAAACCUAUAAAAACCAACUAUUAAAUGGCUCUUGAAGCUUAAUAAGCCUAUAAGGAAAUAUUAUUUAAAAUACAUGAUCCAAUAAACAAACAAUUAGUUGAAUGCAUGGAUGAAAAUAUUUUAGAAUUUUUAUAAUUUUAAUUAUGUAGAAAUGAUGGAGAAUAGUAAGAAGAUGAUUUACUUAAUGAUGGAACUAUUUAAGAAGCUAAAUAAAGAGUUAAUUCAGAUCAAAUAUUAGAUAACUUUGACAAUACCAGCUAAUAAAAUAUAUGA